CGGAUGAGUCAAACUGCGGAUUUAUGGCUUUUAUGCAAAUAAAGAAGAAGUGGACUGCCAGACAUGAAAGUAUGUCAUGAAACCUAAUGUGGGAGAUUGCAAUAUACAAUACAUGUAAGCUUAACCACAAUGCUCUCAGCGGUAUUCUUCCUGCAUACUUUAAGAGAAGCAGGGGCGUGUUCAGGCCGGUUGUGAGCACGCCGUAUAUUAGUUUUUUUGAACGAGGAAGUAGCUGUGACAGGUUAAGGAAGGCCAGCGAAGGUGUGGCCUUGUGAGUGAAGUAACACAGCAAGCAGGUAGACAGCAUAAAGCCUGAUCAGAGCACCGAUCUCAUCUGCUCGGUUACAGACUGUCUGCACUUGGACAAUGACAGGAACGCUCCUAUUGUGGAUCCUCAUCCUAAAUGCCUCGCUCAAGCACUCAGAAAGCCAUGGACAUGACUUUGAAGAUGUAAAGGACUAUGAGGUGGUUCGACCUGUCAGACUUCACACAGUUAGAAAAAGACAUAUAGAGCAUCUCAGGCCAGAGACUAUUAAGUAUGCAAUGACAGUGGGAGGAAAAGACAUUGAAAUGCAACUAGAAAAAAAUAAUGAAUUACUCACAAAAGACUACACUGAAACUUACUACCAAGAAGAUGGGACUCAAGUCACCACAACUCCGAAUGACAUCGAUCACUGCUACUAUCAUGGGAGAAUUGUGAAUGACAGCCAAUCAUCUGUUAGCAUCAGCACUUGUGAUGGACUCAGGGGUUACUUCAGAAUGUCUGCCCAGAGGUACCUGAUUGAGCCGCUGUCUGGCGAAGGGGAUGAGGGAGAUCAUGCGGUGAUUACUUUAGAUAACAAAACCUCCACACCUGCAGUGUGUGGUGUCACCAACACCACCUGGGAUGCCGACUUCGAACCUCCAACAGGCCGGAGCCGCUCAAGAUCAGGGGGUAUCUCUAUUCUGCAGCAACAGAAAUAUGUUGAGCUCGUCCUUGUUGCUGAUAAUCGUGCGUAUGUGAAGAUGAAGCGAGAUCAGACAGAGCUGAGAAAGAGGAUAUUUGAAAUGGUCAACUUUGUCAACAUGGCAUACAAGCCCCUGAGGACCUUCAUUGCUCUGGUGGGGCUGGAAAUCUGGUCCAAUGGUGACCAGAUUUCUGUGACCCCCCCAGCCGGGGCUAACCUGGAUGCUUUCAUGAAGUGGAGGAACUCUGAGCUGGUGCAAAGGAUAAAGCAUGACAAUGCACAUCUUAUCAGUGGUAUUGACUUUGAAGGCGCAACUGUGGGACUGGCUUUCAUUGGGACUCUUUGCUCAGGUCACUCUGUUGGAGUAAUACAGGAUCACAAUGACCGAGCCAUCGCCGUUGGAGCAACACUGGCUCAUGAGAUGGGCCAUAACCUGGGCAUGGACCAUGAUGACUCAAGCGCCUGUGCUUGUUCUGGUGAUAGCUGCAUCAUGGCUGCAGCACUCAGCUGGAAUAUUCCUCGGACUUUCAGUAGCUGCAGCAGCAACAACUACGAGAAAUACCUGACAAGCCGCAGCCCCAGCUGCCUGCUGGACAAACCAGACUACAGAAAACUGGUGCCUCCUUCAGCCUGCGGGAAUGGUUUUGUGGAGGAAGGUGAACAGUGUGACUGUGGCAGUGUGGAGGAGUGCAUCAACCCAUGCUGUAAUGCCACCACCUGCACCCUGAAGGAGGGAUCCCAGUGUUCUGAAGGCGAGUGCUGUAAGGACUGUAAGAUCUCGCCUCGGUCCAGGGAGUGCCGCAGGCAGCAGGAUGACUGUGAUCUGGCAGAGUACUGUGAUGGGCAGAGCCCCACCUGUCCGGAGGAUGUCUUUGCUGUGAAUGGCCUCCCAUGCGAUGGUGGCCUUGGAUACUGCUACAACGGCCAGUGUCCACAGAGGCCAAACCAGUGUGUCAAACUGUAUGGAUUAAGUGCUACAGAGGCCCCUCCAUCCUGCUACAACCAUAACACCAGAGGAACCUACUACGCCUUCUGCAGACGUCCCUCCAACGACCAGUUCGUUCCCUGCCAGCAACAAGAUGUGUUUUGUGGGAAGCUGUUCUGCCAAAGCAGUAAUGAGAACCCAAACUAUGGCCGCAUGGUCAGGAUCGGUGACUGCAAGGCAGCUUUCUUUGCAGACUACACCCAGGACUACGGCCAGGUGGACACUGGGACUAAAUGUGGGGAUGGAAAGGUGUGCAGCCAGUAUGAGUGUGUGGAGCUUGACACAGCGUAUAGAAAUACAAACUGUUCAGCAAAAUGCAGAGGCCAUGCUGUGUGCAAUCACAAAAGUGAGUGUCAGUGUGAGCCUGGUUGGUUGCCCCCUCACUGCAAUGUGAACGAUGGAGGAUCCGGUUCUCUUUCUACUGGAGUCGCUGUUGCCAUCGCAGUGACAGUUAUACUAGUGGUUUUAGGUGCCAUUGCUGGUGUGGUAGGAUUCAUUUGGAAAAAACGACAAAGUCCCAUUUUGCCAACGGCACACACCCCGAGGAAGCAGCCAGCAGUGGCCAGCUCCCCUCGCCGCCUGAACAAAGGGCCAGUUCCUAGUCAACCCAUGCCAGUGCAGGCUGGAAGGCCAAAACCCAAACUAGCUCCACCUCCGCCACCUCCGGCAGGGAACAAACCGAAACCUCCAGGCCAGAACUACAAAGCUGCACGCCAGGCUCUGAGGCCAGUACCUCCGCCAAAGGUCUGACUCCCCGGAGUCCACUGUCUCCAACGAGAGGUUGCUGGUAAUCCGGACAAGUUUCUAUUAAAGACUGCAGUUUUCUUUACUGCAAUGCUGUCUGAAGCAUGAUGGAGUGUUCACACCAGUGACGUGCACAGUGCAGGAGGGACAACGAGAGACUUUAAAUUGUUACUUGCAUGCCAUGCACUGAGGACUUGCUAUUACAGGGAUGAACUUUUUUUUAAGGCACUUUUUUAUACUAUUGGGUGAGUACAGCUCUGGCCCUGAAUGUGAGCCAUAUCAUUUUAUACAUGUUGUGUUGUUUUAUCACAUGGUACAGAAUGUAUAAAGCAGUAUUCAGACACUGCAGUAAUUUGUUAAUAUUUUAUGUUGUAUUUUUAAGCCUAAAAGAUAUCCUAAACUGCUUUGAUUAAUCUGGUCUCAAAUUUAUCUGGUGCAUUGUAGUGCAAACUAAUGAAAUAUGAAUGAUUUCAGAUGAAACACUCUAAAGUUCUGUAAUAUGCUACAUGUCAGCAUUUUUUAUUCAAUCUCUAUCUAUUGCCUUCAUUUAAAAUACUGUCAAAUGAGAAAAUGCAACAAAGGAAUAGAUACAUGUUGGUGGUGAUAUUUUGUUAAGAGAUACAGUAGGUCUGUCAGAUUGUAGAUAAUGCCAGAAUCCAGUGUUAAGACAAAUAUACAGUACACCGUGUUAAACAAGAUCAAAUACAUUUACAUUUAAAGCUAUAUUGCGUUGUUUCUGUUGCCCGCCAUGAGGAUUAAAAAAAAAACAUGCUGGACUCUUCAGAAGAGUAAUUAGCUUCACUCGAGCUUCUGCGCGGGAAAGU